CUGUGGCUGUGGCCGCCGGGCCUUGGGCACCGGCUCACCUCGGCCAUGAGCAGCGCGGCCCGCCCGGACCCAGCGGAGGCGCCCGAGGAGCGGCGUUUCCUCAGCACUGCCGAGGCGGCCGCCCUGGAGCGGGAGUUGCUGGAGGAUUAUCGCUUUGGGCGGCAGCAGCUGGUGGAGUUGUGUGGCCAUGCUAGUGCUGUGGCUGUGACCAAGGUGUUCCCCUUGCCUACUCUCUCCCGGAAGCAGAGGACAGUGCUGGUCGUGUGUGGCCCGGAGCAGAACGGGGCCGUGGGGCUGGUCUGUGCCCGGCACCUGCAGAUGUUUGAGUACGAACCGACCAUCUUCUACCCUACACGCUCACUGGAUCUGCUGCACCGGGACCUGACCACCCAGUGUGAGAAGAUGGACAUCCCCUUCCUGUCCUAUUUGCCCACGGAGGUCCAGCUCAUCAACAAUGCCUACGGGCUGGUGGUGGACGCUGUGCUGGGCCCUGGCGUGCAGCCGGGGGAGAUCGGGGACCCCUGCACGCGGACGCUGGCCAUACUCAAGCUGCUGUCCAUCCCCCUUGUGAGCCUGGACAUUCCCUCAGGCUGGGACGCGGAGACCGGUGGCGGCGACACCGAGGAUGGGCUCCGGCCAGACGUGCUGGUAUCGCUCGCCGCGCCCAAGCGCUGCGCCGGCCGCUUCUCCGGGCGCCACCACUUCGUGGCCGGCAGGUUCGUGCCCGACGACGUGCGCCGAAAGUUCGCUCUGCGCCUGCCGGGAUACACGGGCACCGACUGCGUCGCGGCGCUGUGACCGCCACCCGCGUCCUGGCGGCUUGGACCCGCGCCAAUAAACAGACGUCCCACCACCACCUCGCCUCCUCCUUCUCUGUGCGCCGGGUUCGCCGCCCGGGUGGGCAAACUCGGGAAGGGACUUGCCACCGUCCCCCAGCGCCCAGGCCGGAGGGAUGGAGGGUAGUCGUCGAGUGGGACUUCCCGCUGGCCGAGAAAACUAGUGCCAGAAGAGUAGAGGGUAGACUCAGGGUGGGACUUCCAGCCUGCUCGGGGUGGCCUAACGCCAACAGGACUGAAGUUAGACCCGAUGGAGGAUUUCUC